AUGCCCUCUCUGCAUGUCCAGGAGAACGAAUCGAAGGCACUGAAGAGUUUGCCUGCUGCAGAGGCUCAGCAUGCUGUUACCUUCCUUCUGGAGAAUGUCAAGACUAGUGAUGGGGGCAGGUAUAGAUGCCAGUACGGGUUCUACAAUGGGAGCCAGUUGCAGGAGUCUGAAUUUAGCCACAUCCUGGAGAUUACAGUGAAGGAUUUAUUCAUCACCUCCUCCCCAUCUGAUCCUCCAAAAUAUAACUCCAAAGGUGCAGUCUGGAUUCUCCCCACUGCCCUUUGUGUCUCUGGAGUGCUGCUUUUGGUUCUGAUCCUGUUUGCAGUUGUGGGAACAAUUAGAUACCUUAAAAGAAGAAGAAAGAAGAAAAGGGAGCUGGAGUCCUGCUGGGCAGAAACAAGCUAUCCCACCACAGAGACAUCCUUUGACAACUCUAUGUUCACCGUUUCAGAGGUGGCCUUAAAGCGAUCAUCUAAGAGGAAACUGGAAUCUGCAGUCAUUUCCAUCUAUGCAUCUGAUUGGAGAGACAACCUGACUUACUGGGCAAGCUUCUGUGGUCCAGAUAGGUUCUUUGCUUGAACAUUUAAAAGCUAAUCUAUUUGCUGUCUUGCACUGACAGCAGAAGAAGCAAUGUUUUAUUGUCAGUAAUACUGUAACCCAGUUCAACAGUCUUUGCCCACCCCCAUAUUCCUCUGCUGUUUUUGAACGAUUUCUUAAUUUGUGGCAAAGAUGUUUAAAUGUUCCUGCUCUUCUUCCAUGUCCUCCGAAGACUAAAAAUACAACUCAUUCUUUUGCAUA